AGCUGUAGCUUAAAGGCAAUCGAAUUCAUUUCUUCACACAAAGCCUCCAGAAAAAUGAAUACAAAACAAAUCACGCAGGUGUAUGUGUAAUCUUCCUAUAUAUGCACAAGAACGUCAAUAACAAGACCUAGGGUUAGGGUUUUGAAUCGAUUUUUGCCAUGGCCGACGGCGAAGUGACUGUAUCCAAUGUAGAUAAACCCUUGCUCGAGGAGGUAGACGGUGGGGAUGACCUCACUGAAACAGAGCAAUGCGUGUCCCUUCCGGAAUCGAAGGUUCUCAACGAAGCCAGUAUCGAGUCACCGGGAAUUCAAGAUGCAUCGACUGCGGAGACCGAGAUGAAGACGGAGGCAGAAGGUGGAGAGGACGCCGUUGUCGAUACGAUUGAUUCGCGCAACGAGGCGGGAGCUGGAGAGGAGACUGUUGUUCAUACGAUUGAUUCUCGUAACGAGGCGGGAGCUAGAGAGGAGACUGUUGUUGAUACGAUUGAUUCGCGUAACGAGGCGGGAGGUGGAGAGGAGACUGUUGUUGGUAUGAGUGAUUCGCUUAAAGAGCCGGGAGUCGUAGAAGAGACUGUUGAUACGAGUGAUUCGCGUAAAGAGGCAGGGGCUGGAGAGGAGACUGUUGAUACGAGUGAUUCCCGUAAAGAGGGAGGAGGUGGAGAAAAGGCUGUUCUUGAUACAAGUGAUUCGCGUAAAGAGGCAGGGGUGGAUGGAGACGAGACUGUUGCUUGUACGAGUGAUUCGCAUAACGAGGCAGGAGGUGGGGAGGAGUCUGUUGUUGAUAUGAACAAUUCGCAUGUUGCUGAAGUGGCUCCAGUUUUGACGUCAGACCUCGAGAUGGAAGCUAAGGCUAAUGAGCAGGCUGAAAUGGCGGCUGUGAAGGAGUUGGAGGCAGAUGGGGGUGAUGAGACCGUUGUUGAUAAGGGACAUUCGCAUGCAGAAAUGGUGGCAAAGGCUGCUCCGGUUUUGGAGUUGGUCCAAUUGGACAUAAAACCUGGGUUGGAUAUUGAGUUUGAAGCACCGAUUGCUGUUGCUGUUACAGAUAGUUCUCAGCUGGAUGGUCAUCAUUCUGAAGCAGUAGAUGCAAUGGAGGCAGAGAUUCCAACCGGAGAAGCUAAUAGAGAGGUGGAAACAGAUGGAUACAGUGCAACAAAGGCCGUAGAUGAUGAAGCUGCUUCAAUUCCAACUCUGGAAGCUAAUAGAGAAUUGGAAAUAGAUGGAGAUAACACAACAAAGGUAGAAGAAGAUGCUGCUGCUUCAAUUCCAACUUCAGAAGCUAAUAGAGAAAUGGAAACAGAUGGACAAGAUACAAUGAAGGCUGAAGAUAAUGAUACUGAUUCGAUUCCAACUGCAGAAGCUAAUAAUAGAGAAAUGGAAACAUAUAAAAUGGACAUAACAAAGGCUGAAGAUGGUGAAGCUGUUUCAAUUCCAACUGGGGAAUCUAAUAGAGAAUUGGAAACAGAUGGAGAUGAGGUAAUGAAGCCUGAAGAUGAUGAAGCUGCUUCAGUUCCAACUGGGGGAGCUAAUAGAGAAUUGGAAACAGAUGGAGAUGAUGUAAUGAAGGCUGAAGAUGAUGAAUCUGGUUCAAUUCCAACUGGGGAAGCUAAUAGAGAAUUGGAAACAGAUGGAGAUGAUGUGGCUGAAGAUGUUGAAGCUGCUUCAAUUUCAACUGAGGAAGCUAAUGGAGAAUUGGUAGCAGAUGGAGAGGAUAUAAUGUUAGAGGAUUCACAAGAAGAUCCUCAGUAUGGGGAAAAUGAGUUAAUGACUGCUGAGGAGACUGCUGCUGCAGAUACUGAAGUUGAGACUGAAACUGAUGCAGCAGAUUCAGGUAGAGGUGCUGGCGGAAAGCGGAAAAGAGGGAAGAAUUCUAAGAGCCCUGCUUCUUCUAAGGCUGCUACAAGAACUCCAUCAAGGAAAGUGACCGAAGAGGAUGUUUGCUUCAUUUGCUUUGAUGGUGGAGAUCUUGUGCUUUGUGACCGUCGUGGUUGCCCAAAAGCAUAUCAUCCUUCUUGUGUUAAUCGUGAUGAAGCAUUUUUUCGGGCAAAGGGCAGAUGGAAUUGUGGAUGGCAUCUAUGUAGUAUUUGUGAGAAGAAUGCACAUUACAUGUGUUAUACCUGCACCUAUUCGCUAUGCAAGGGGUGCAUAAAAAGUGCUGUUAUUUUAUGCAUUAGAGGAAACAAAGGCUUUUGUGAAAACUGUAUGAGAACUGUCAAGCUUAUUGAAAGCAAGCAGCAGGGAGACAAAGAUGCACAAAUAGAUUUUGAUGACAAGAGUAGUUGGGAGUAUCUCUUCAAGGACUACUACAUGGAUUUGAAAGAGAGGUUGUCUUUGUCUUCAGCUGAAAUAGCGGAGGCCAAAAGUCCAUGGAAGGGAUCUGAUGUGUCUGGAAAUAGACAACAGCAAUCUGAACCACAGUUUGAUAAUAAUGAAGAGGGAGGUUCUGGUUCUGACAAUUCUGGUGAGAAGGUUGAAGUCAAUAAAUUAAAAAGAAGAAAAAUUACAAAAAAAUCAAAGUCCCUUUUAAAAGAAGAUGGUAUGGCCAGUAUGUCUGCAAUAGCUGGAAGUGAAGGUGCAUCUACACCUAGCAACAAUGAAUGGGCAUCAAAAGAGCUGCUUGACUUUGUUAAGCACAUGAGAAAUGGUGACACAUCUGUUCUUUCUCAAUUUGAUGUGCAGGAUUUGUUGCUGAAAUAUAUCCAAAUGAACAAACUUCGUAUUCCAAAUAAAAAGAGUCAAAUCAUGUGUGAUUCAAGACUUCAAAGCCUCUUUGGAAAACCACGUGUUGGGCAUUUUGAAAUGUUAAAAUUACUUGAGUCUCACUUUCUUAUAAAGGAGGAUACUCAGAUUGAUGAUGCCCAGGGUACUGUAGUUGAUACUGAGGUUGAGGGUGAUGAGAACCGGGACACACUUAUGAAGGAAGUCAAAGAUAAGAAACGCAAGCGUAAAAAAGGCCACAGUCGGGGCCCACAAUCUAAUCUUGAUGAUUAUGCAGCUAUUGAUAUGCACAACAUUGGCUUAAUCUACCUUCGACGGAAGUUAAUGGAGGACCUGCUAGAAGAUGUGGAGAAGUUUCAGGACAAAGUUGUUGGUACCUUUGUGAGAAUAAGAAUCUCUGGUAAUAACCAAAAGCAAGAUUUGUACAGACUGGUUCAAGUCAUGGGUAUGAGCAAAGCUUCUGAGCCAUAUAAAGUUGGCAAAAGAACAACUGAUAUGCUGCUUGAGAUCUUGAAUUUGAACAAGACUGAGGUCAUAUCAAUUGAUACAAUCUCAAAUCAAGACUUCACUGAGGAUGAAUGCAAGCGUUUACGACAAAGUAUAAAAUGUGGACUUAUUAAUAGGCCAACUGUGGGUGUCAUUCUUGACAAGGCCAUGGAAAUACAUGAAGCAAGGGUCAAUGAUUGGUUGGAAUCAGAGGUCUUGCGGCUUAGUCAUCUUCGUGAUCGAGCAAGUGAAAAAGGGCGUCGGAAGGAACUUAGAGAAUGUGUGGAGAAAUUAGAGCUAUUGAAAACACCUGAGGAGCGUCAGCGAAGACUUGAUGAAAUUCCGGAAAUACAUGCAGAUCCAAACAUGGAUCCGAGUUAUGAGUCUGAUGAUGAUGACAGUGUUACUGAUGAAAAUAGACGAGAUACUUAUAUGAGGUCCAGAGAUUCAAGCUUUAGCAGGAGAGGAAGAGAGCCAAUUUCUCCUCGAAGCAACUAUUCUUCCAAAGAUCCAUGGGGUAGUGGAGGUAAAACGCCAACUAGAAGUUGGGAAUUGGAUAGGAAUUUGUCCAGUAAAAAUACAUUGGUCAGGGCUGAGGAUAGUACACAUAAUAGUGAGAUGGUUAAUGAAAAUUCAUGGGGUCUAGGACGAGAUAGAGACCAAGAGUAUAAAAGUCUGGAGAAGGUGAAUUCAACUACUAAUUCUGAGACAAUUGGAAGGAAAGGGAACUCCCUUUCAAGACCUGAAAUGGCUUCUGGUGUGGCAUCAAUGACUUCUACAGUUACUCCCACAGCAAAGUCAUCAGAUACUGGGAUCAAAAUUAAUGAAACAGAAAAAAUAUGGCAUUACAAGGAUCCCUCAGGAAAAAUUCAGGGGCCAUUUUCUAUGGUCCAGCUACGUAAAUGGAACAACACAGGAUACUUCCCUGCCAAUCUGAGAAUAUGGAGAUCUACAGAAAAGCAAGAUGACUCUAUUCUUCUGACUGAUGCAUUGGCUGGAAGAUUUCUGAAAGAGUCAUCAGUGACUGAGCAUAGAAAUUUGGCAGGUGGUGUACUGCAAAAUCGAGAGGCAGAGAGACUAAAUCUUGAUCAGAAUCGUGCAUCUCAGAAUUCACCUAGUGGUUUGGUUUCGUCUAGAGGUGGAAUGAUUUCUGGUGAGAUGUCUCGAGUUCCUAAAGAAAAGUGGGAUGGUAACGAUUCAUCGAACCUUCCUUCUCCUACUCCAAAACAAGGUAAUGCAGGCUGGUCUGGAGAUGCUGUUCCUGUAACGGCUGCAACUUCAUAUCCUGUUGAUAAUGGAAUCUCUGAACCAUCUCGUUUAGUGUUACCAGCUAGUGUGUCUUCUCUCUUGGCUUCAGCUGUGAAUGCCAGCGGACAUUCAUUAAUGAGAUCUGAAAAUGUUUCUUCAAAUUCUGGUGCUGGUUUUAGUCCAAUGACAAAUACUGCAAAUCCUCAGAGUUCACAAUUGACUGCAGUUAGUGAACCACCUCCAAUGAUGGUCCACAGCCAACAUGCCAGUGAACCACCUCCAAUGAUAGUCCACAACCAACAUGCCACAGCCACACAAGAUGCAAAUGUCCACCCAGUUCAGUCUAUAAAUAAUAUUCAGAACCCAAACCUGGAUCCUCAUGCAUUUGGUGUUGGUCAAACUCUGAAGGCAGAACCAAGCAUUUCUGUCCCUACUCCAGCGCAGCCCCAGGGGUAUGGAAAUUGGGGUGGCAUUACCUCUGCUGUUCAAAAUCUUGCUGCAAGUUUCUCAAAUACAGGUCCCUUAGCCAUGCCUCAAUCUGAGUUUUGGAGAGCUCAGAAUCAGACUAACCAACCCAACAUUCAACUUCCAAGUGUGCCUAGCUUACCGUGGGGCGCAGGGAUUCCACAGAAUAGUCCUGCCCCAGCCAAUUUAAAUGCUGUCUGGGGUACAAUGCAGCAGGGAAAUCCAAACAUGGGGUGGAGUGGACCAGCGCCUGGAACUAUGAAUAUGAAUUGGGGAGCUCCAAUUCAAACAAUGGCUCCACCUAAUCCAGGAUGGGUUAUGCCUCCUACCGGACCAAUGCCUGGAAACAUGAAUCCAGGGUGGGUUGCACCAACAGCGGGUAAUCCAGGCGUUCAAGGUAUGCCUCCUGGUAAUCCAAAUCCGGGUUGGGUUGCCCCAACAGUUUCAGGUCCAAGAGACAACGGUUCGCAGGGUGGAGAUACUGGCUUCAAUGAUGGAAGGCCUUGGAAUAGACAGUCAUCAUUUGGCAGUGGAGGCCAUGGAGGUGGUCCUAGAAGUGGUCUUCCGAAAAGUCAAAUGCCUUGCCCCUUCAAUAAGAAUGGUCGGUGUAGGAAAGGGGCCCGCUGUGAUUAUCUUCAUAUCCAAUAAGGAGUUUAAUAGAGUUUCAGGCCAAUAGAUGAUUCUGUACAGUAAUAUUAUUUAGCUUUUCUUUAGUAUAGGCCAUUUUGAGGUUUCAAUUUGUAAAACCUGAGCAGAUUAGGGGCACACUCUUUUGACGCCAAUUUAUUUCCUGCAAAACAUUUAGGUGCCGACAUUAUGCUGUUUUGAUCAAUAAGCUUCCAAAGCGCACUGGAUAUCCACCUAUCCAGUGCCUGACGCUGCAAAAUGCAGGUUCUGAAGGAACGCCAACGAGCUUCUGGUUAAAGGGCCUUUUUUUUUUUAUUUUUAUUUUUUAUUUUUACAUUAUCGAUCUCUUGCAGCCCAUUUUUCGAACAUGCCUGUAUCCAA